UUUAUUUUGCGUGCGGCAGCAGCGGCGCUUCAGCUGACGCGGAGAAGACGACAAAUGCAGCCUUAUUUGCCAGCCUGUCUGUCAGAGUGCCGUCGAUAUGGUUCAGCACAAGGACAGACGUCGCAUCUGGAAGAUGUAUUAGGCUGUUCUUGCUGGUUUUGAUCGGCCACAUCGCGGACUUCUUUGCAAAACAAAAGCGCAAACAUCGGCUGACGAACCGGGAUCGCACCUGCCGCGGAUCAUGGACAACAAAGACUGAUCCAGCACGGCUACGUGCUGCAGAAAACCGAGCCAGGCUUCCUGUUGUUCUUCAAAUAAAGUCUUUUUUUUAUCACAUAAGAGACUGAUGCUACGGUUGGAAGUGUAAGCGCACCAAAUGCGGGGUCUGGACCUCCAUGUUGUAGGCCGAACCUAACCGAUCUGGCUGGGUUAAUUAUAGAAACGCUUUUUUUUUUUUACUUUGGCUUGGACAUCCAAAAGCUACAAUACGAUAUUACAGAAUCGAGAUUUCCUCAGGAGAAACAUCCGGCCGGCCUCGUUAUUUCAAUAAUUUAACGAUCGUCUCUGAACACUGGAGCUCGUCCCAGUAGGACCAGUUUGACGGCUGCCGCCAGCAGCCUUCAAGAUUCAAUGUUCCUCUAAAAAAAGAGAAAAAAGGACAAAAUUAUGUGGGUCAGUCCUGAAGAUGUGUUGCUGGCGGGUGCGUUAUGGAUCACAGAGAGAGCAAAUCCAUAUUUCAUCCUACAGAGACGAAAAGGCCACGGUGAUGGAGGCGGAGGACUGGCGGGUUUGCUGGUUGGAACUUUGGAUGUUGUUCUGGACUCAAGUGCUCGAAUGGCCCCUUAUAGGAUUCUCUACCAAACUCCUGACUCCUCAGUGUACUGGAUCAUUGCUCAUGGAACCUCCCGUAAAGAGAUCACAGAGCAUUGGGAGUGGCUGGAACACAACCUGCUGCAGACUCUCUCCAUCUUUGAGAACGAGAAUGACAUCACCACCUUUGUCAAAGGGAAGGUGCAGGGAAUCAUUGCAGAGUACAACAAGAACCACGAUGUCAAAGAAGAUGACGACACAGAAAAGUUCAAGGAAGCAAGCUCCAAGUUCCGUAAGCUGUUCGGGAUGCCUGAGGAGGAGAAGCUGGUCAACUAUUACUCCUGCAGUUACUGGAAGGGGAAGGUGCCUCGACAGGGAUGGCUUUACCUCAGCAUCAACCACCUCUGCUUUUACUCGUAUUUACUGGGAAAAGAAGCCAAACUGGUGGUGCGCUGGGCAGAUAUCACUCAGUUGGAGAAGAGUGCCACUCUCCUACUGCCUGAUAUGAUUCAAGUGAGCACGCGGACCAAUGAGCAUGUCUUCUCAGUCUUCCUCAACAUCAAUGAGACCUUCAAGCUGGCAGAGCAGCUGGCCAACAUCGCCAUGAGACAGCUGCUCGACAACAAAGGCUUCGAACAGGACCGCUCACUGCCUAAACUAAAAAAGAAGUCACCUAAGAAGGUGUCGGCACUAAAGAGAGAUCUGGAUGCAAGAGCGAAGAGUGAGCGUUACCGGGCGCUCUUCCGUUUGCCUAAAGAUGAAAAACUGGACGGACACACAGACUGCACUCUGUGGACUCCCUUUAACAAGAUGCACAUCCUGGGACAGAUGUUUGUUUCCACCAACUACAUUUGCUUCACCAGCAAGGAGGAGACGCUGUGCAGCCUCAUCAUUCCCCUGCGUGAGGUUACUAUUGUGGAGAAAGCAGAUAGCUCCAAUGUGCUGCCCAGCCCGCUCUCCAUCAGCACCAAGAAUCGCAUGACCUUUCUGUUUGCCAACCUGAAAGACAGAGACUUCCUGGUGCAGAGGAUCUCUGACUUUCUGCAGCAGACCACCUCCAAGAUCUACCUAGAGAGGGAACUUAAUGGCAGCCUUAACAGCUCGGAUGAUGAGGUUUACUCCCAGCAUGGAUCCCUGCUCUCUAGUAGUCCACAGCACAGUUUGGGUUCAGAGGUGGAACGCACGUUCAACCUGAACGACAGCAGCGUGCCCACAGCCACAGAGGCACUCAUGACAAUGUAUCGCCGCCGGUCCCCUGAGGAGUUUAAUCCCAAAUUGGCUAAAGAGUUCCUUAAGGAGCAGGCAUGGAAGAACCACUUUACAGAGUAUGGAGAGGGAGUGUGUAUGUACCGAACAGAGAAGACCAAGGAGUUGGUUCUCAAGGGGAUUCCUGAGGGCAUGAGAGGAGAGUUGUGGCUGCUGUUCUCUGGCGCGAUCAAUGAGAUGACCACUCAUCCUGGAUACUACGAAGACCUGGUGGAGAAAUCAAUGGGCAAGUACAACCUGGCUACAGAGGAGAUUGAGAGAGACCUGCACCGCUCUCUGCCUGAGCACCCGGCCUUUCAGAACGAGAUGGGUAUUGCUGCCCUCCGCAGGGUCCUUACUGCCUAUGCAUUCAGAAAUCCCAACAUUGGAUACUGUCAGGCCAUGAAUAUUGUGACAUCUGUGUUGCUGCUUUAUGCCAAAGAAGAGGAGGCGUUUUGGCUGCUUGUGGCCCUCUGUGAGAGGAUGCUGCCAGACUAUUACAAUACUAGGGUUGUAGGAGCUCUUGUUGACCAGGGAGUGUUUGAGGAGCUUGCCCGCGAAUACGUUCCCCAACUGUACGACUGCAUGCAGGACCUUGGGGUCAUCUCCACUAUUUCACUUUCUUGGUUCCUCACACUCUUCCUGUCGGUCAUGCCAUUCGAGAGUGCAGUGGUUGUGGUGGACUGCUUCUUCUAUGAUGGAAUUAAGGUCAUCUUCCAGUUGGCGCUCUCUGUGCUGCAUGCCAACAUCCACCAGCUGCUGGGCUGCAAGGAUGAUGGGGAAGCAAUGACUGUACUGGGAAGGUACCUGGACAGUGUGACCAAUAAGGAUAGUACCCUCCCUCCUAUCCCCCACCUCCACUCUUUGCUAACGGAUAACGGAGAACCACAUCCAGAGGUUGAUAUCUUCAAACUGGUCCGCAGCUCUUAUGAGAAAUUUGGCUCAAUUCGCGCAGAUGUGAUUGAACAGAUGCGUUUCAAACAGAGACUGAGGGUCAUCCAAACCAUCGAAGAUACAACUAAACGCAAUGUGGUCAGAUCUAUUGUAACAGAGACAGCUUUCAGUAUUGAUGAGUUGGAGGAGCUCUAUGUGGUCUUCAAGGCAGAGCACCUGACCAGUUGUUACUGGGGAGGAAGCAGCAACCCUACAGAGCGUCAUGAUCCCAGCCUGCCAUACCUGGAGCAGUAUCGCAUCGAUGUGGAGCAGUUUAAGGGCUUGUUUAACCUGCUGUUCCCCUGGGCCAAUGGAGCUCACUCAGACCCCCUGGCUAUCCGCUUCUUCCGUCUCCUUGACGAAAAUGGAGAUGCCCUCAUCAACUUCCGCGAGUUCAUCAGUGGCUUUGGUGUUCUGUGUCAUGGGGACCUCACUGAGAAGCUGAAACUCCUCUACAAGAUGCACGUGUUACCUGAGGUCUCUCAUGAACAAGAGGAGCCCGAUUCAGCCUUUGAAGCCACUCAGUACUUCUUUGAAGACAUCACUCCAGAAACAUCCAUUGGCCAUGAUUCAAAGUGCAGGAGUGAGAAGGAUGAUGGCUUUGUCAGAGUAACAUUUAAAACGGAAAAAGUGAAGAAACUUAAUAAUCCUGAUUACAGUCAUUACCUAAAAAUGUGGAACCAGGAGACUAAAUCUAAACGAGAAAAAACAAAAGACCUGCCAAAGCUGAAUCAGAGUCAGUUCAUCGAACUUUGCAAGACCCUCUAUAGCAUGUUCAGUGAAGAUGUUGCAGAGCAAGAGCUCUAUCACGGCACUGCAACCGUCACCAGUCUGCUGCUGGAAAUGGGAGAGGUGGGGAAGCUUUUCUCUUCUUCCAGUAGAAAGGACCACAACCAGGAGGCUAAAACGGAGCCCACUGCAUGCAGGAGAGGCUACAUGGAUCUCAAAACCACCCAGGAGAGUCAGGAUUUGGGAGAUGUUUUUGUCCCUACAGGCCUGGAGAACAAACUGAGUCUAUGUGAGGAGGGAGGAGGGGGCGAAGGGAGCGAACAGCUGGCCCCCAUGCAAGACAUCAAGCUGGAGGACUCGUCACCUAAAGACACAGGCACUUCAUCUGCCAUGCUCAUUUCUGAUGAUGAAACCAAAGAUGACACGUCAAUGUCAUCUUACUCUGUGCUCAGCGUUGGUUCACAUGAGCUGGAUGAAAAGCUGCAGUGCGAGGACAUUGCAGAUGACACAGUACUGGUGCGAAGCGAUGAUGGUCCUAACACUGAGAGGAGUGGACAACCUCACACCGGCAGAUCCCACGACAGGGGCCUGCCACAUAGCACAAGCAUAGAUAAAGACUGGGCCAUCACAUUUGAGCAGUUCCUGGCCUCCAUCCUCACUGAACAGGCUCUGGUGCGUUAUUUUGAGAAGCCUGUGGAGGUGGCAGCUCGCAUAACUAAUGCCAAGAAUGUGCGUAAAGUUGGGCGUCCCCUGUUGUCAACGAGUGACUAUGAAAUCUCGCUUUCUGGAUGAGGUUUAGUAAAGGACUUGUGCUGCUCUAAAGGAAAGAAAAAUUAUCAGUCAGGGGGUGUUUUUCAGAAGAAUGGAGGUAAAUGUAAAAUGUGAGUGUAUGAUAGUUGACAGAAUGUGACCAAAACAGCUUCUAGAAAUGUAUUUUACCAGAAAUGAAAGACUUUUACUAUAGCAAUCAAUAGAUUCUGUCCAAUAAAGAGGGAACAGGACAUUAACUUAAGGCCUACUUGGAUGAAAUCAAAGUGUACAAUGUGCUGUACUUUAUAAGGCAUUUAUGCAUAGGUGUGAAUAUUGUAAUCUCUUGUACUCUUAGGAUAUGUAGCUGUAAAAUGUCCACAGAUGCAGUGCAGUUCCUUAUUGGGAUAUUGAUAGUCCACAGUGCUUAUCAUCAGUUAUCGUUACAUCUUCGUCAAACGGUUGCUUCCUUACUUUAAAAACCAUUGGUUGCAAAUUCUAACUUUUAGUUUGCUUAU